AUGGUUCGUCGGCUCGACAGUUCACACCCGCGGGAGCACGCGGAAGCCGCCAGACACAACUUUCUCAGCAGGCCCUUCAUCACUUCGCUGUCAAGCUAUGUGUCCUUCUCUGUCGAGAAAGUGGUGUGGUCAAGCGGUUUCCCCAGUUUCUUUUGCUCCAGGCACCUCAUCCUCUCGAAUAUGGACGCACCGCAACCUCUCGCGCUACUUGCCAGCAAUGUCACUCAAACCGUACUCUUCGGUUAUGUUCCGACAGGCUGGAUUUGCAUAGUGCUCCUAGUUUUCUUCGGUAUUUCUACGCUUGGACACUUGUGCCAGGCCAUCUAUUUCAGGCUGUGGUGGCUUCUGCCGACCGCCGUGGCAGCGGGUAUUCUUGAGCUCAUUGGCUGGGGUGCGCGUGAAUGGGCGAGCAGAAUACCAAACGAGCCGAACUUCAAUCCUUACCUUAUCCAAAUCGUUACGACGAUCAUCGCACCAACACCUCUGGUGGCCGCGAACUUCAUCAUCCUCGGGCGCAUCAUCCAGCGCCUAGGAAGCCAAUACAGUCGUUUGAGCGCGACCUGGUAUUCGGUGGUUUUCGUUUCGUGCGAUGCGGUUGCGCUCAUCGUUCAAGCCGUUGGCGGGGCCAUCGCAUCGAAAGCCGUGCGUCAGAACGAAGAUCCUGAGAAGGGCGGGCAUAUCAUGCUCGGUGGCAUUGUCUUCCAGAUGGCCGCGAUUGUCGCAUACGCGACGCUUGCCACCGAGUUCCUCGUUCGCUACUUCAAGGAUCGUCCACUGUCGCUCUACAGUCGGAAUAGGAACUCGCCUUCUCGAACGCCGCUCUCAACGCGCAUGCGGCUAAUGCUCGUCGGGUUGGCGAUGAUGACUGUGUUCAUCUUCAUCCGGUCGGUAUACCGUACCAUCGAACUCAUCAACGGUUUCCAGGGCCCGAUCAUUCAGACACAGGUCUUAUUCAAUGUGCUUGACGGCGCGAUGAUUGUACUGGCCCUGUGGACGUUGAACUUCUUUCACCCGGGCCUGUUGCUCUUCAACAAGACAGCGGACAAGGCGAAUAGUGAGGACAGCGUGCGACUGGAUAGCAUGGAAACGAAGCCUCUUGAGGCUCAGCCUUGA